GACUCUUGUGAGGCCCAGGGCAAGAGUACAGAUGAACCACAUAUCAUAUGUGGGAUAGCAAGCUAAUAAACCAAAAUAUAUUCAGUUCUCCUAUGCUGACAAAUAGACCUUCAUAACCGCUUGGAGUUCCUGCAGAAACGUGGAGGCCUUGGGAGACUUGCCUCUGGCCUGCAGGCUUCCUUGCUUCUCUUCUCACUGCUGGCUCUGUCCUGCAUUGUGAAGAGUCUUGUGCAUACACGUGUGUGGACACUCCUGUCUGUAUGUUCAAGCUCCAAACAGCCACCCGUUGGCUACCCUUCAGGUCAAGGAUUGCUUACACUGAUGGCACGGACAGCCCUCAAGAGGACGGACCCAGGAAAGAAGCCUGUGCAGACCCCGAAAUGGUGCAUGGCAGGUCAAGGGCCCAUCAGCCAUGGAGGUGCCAGUCAGAUGCAGCCGCAGCCACAGCCGCCACAGAAACAGCCCAACGUGCCAGAAGCCCAAGUCCUCAAGUUCAACCAGGGAAGAGGACGCCGAAAACUGGAAUAUUGAUGCUAAACAUGGGAGGCCCCGAAACCCUUGGAGAAGUUUACAACUUUCUCCUGAGGCUCUUCUUGGACCGGGACCUCAUGACGCUGCCUAUUCAAGAUAAGCUGGCACCAAUCAUCGCCAAACGCCGAACCCCCAGAAUUCAGGAGCAGUACCGCAGGAUCGGAGGCGGAUCCCCCAUCAAGAUGUGGACUUCCAAGCAAGGAGAAGGCAUGGUGAAGCUGCUGGAUGAGUUGUCCCCGCACACAGCCCCUCACAAAUACUAUAUUGGAUUCCGGUAUGUCCAUCCUUUAACAGAAGAAGCAAUUGAAGAGAUGGAGAGAGACGGGCUUGAAAGGGCUAUUGCUUUCACGCAGUACCCACAGUACAGCUGCUCUACCACAGGCAGCAGCUUAAAUGCCAUUUACAGAUAUUAUAAUGAAAAGGGAAAGAAGCCUAUGAUGAAGUGGAGCACAAUUGACAGGUGGCCCACACAUCCCCUCCUCAUUCAGUGCUUUGCAGACCACAUUCUGAAAGAACUGGACCAUUUUCCACUGGAGAAGAGAAGCGAGGUGGUCAUUCUUUUUUCGGCUCACUCACUGCCAAUGUCCGUGGUCAACAGAGGGGACCCCUAUCCUCAGGAGGUGGGCGCCACCGUCCAGAGAGUCAUGGAGAAGCUGAAUUACUCCAACCCCUACCGACUGGUCUGGCAGUCCAAGGUUGGUCCAAUGCCCUGGCUGGGUCCUCAGACAGACGAGACUAUCAAAGGGCUUUGCGAGAGGGGCUGGAAGAACAUUCUUUUGGUUCCAAUAGCAUUUACCAGCGAUCACAUUGAGACACUGUAUGAACUGGAUAUCGAGUACUCUCAGGUUCUAGCUAAUGAGUGUGGAGUUGAAAACAUCAGAAGAGCAGAGUCUCUUAAUGGAAAUCCAUUGUUCUCUAAGGCCCUGGCCGAUCUGGUGCACUCACACAUCCAGUCGAACGAGCUGUGCUCCAAGCAGUUGACACUGAGCUGUCCGCUCUGUGUGAAUCCUGUCUGCAGGGAGACUAAAUCCUUCUUCACCAACCAGCAGCUGUGACACCUGCCAGGAGGCCCCCCCGCCCCAGGAUUAGGCAAAUGCCCAGCCUCCAGAUACCUCCGAUGCGGAGGAGGACGGAUUCAGAGAUCAAGGGAGUUACAUUAGGGUACGUACAGCCUGUGGGCACACGUCCCUGUGUGAUUUCUUGAGGAAUGGACUCUGAAAUUCUUAUCGAAAGUUUUCUAUUUUUAUAUAUCAAUACAGUAUAUUCCCUCUCUCUGGGUAAAGUUACUAGUUUGGAAUGGCCGCUAGGCUAUUUAAAAAUGAAUUUUAAAAUUUUAUCAUAUGCACACAUAUUUUAAAUAGAGGUUUUGGUUUUAUUGCCCCAAAAACCUCCUGCAAGGGUACAGAGAGUGCCCUCUGUGGGCUGUCCGUGGGAAUGACAUCUAUUUACAGUCCUUUGCAUAUAGUUUUUUUUUUUUUUUAAGUGAACAGAGUUAAAUAAAUGAAAUAUAAUAUGAAAAAGAAAUGUUACCUAAUCUCACCUAAGUGCAUGGGUUACAGAAUGCCAGUGAGGCUGUAUGGUUGCCUACAGCGGCUGCUUUUGCCUCUGCUGUCGCUGUUAAUGGUCAUUUUGGUACUUGUGUGUGAACCUCACUUUCCUCACCAUAAAACCAAAUCAGAUUCCACAUGUGCUCUGAGAUUCCCCAGGCACACAAGGCUAAUAAAUGUGUAGAAAUCCAGUGUUUGUCAUACGUGUCUUGGUAGGAAUCUGUGUACCACAGGAGAGGGGGCUCCCGCUGUCUCCUGUCCCCAAGAACAGUGAUGCCAGGAACAGUGAUGCUAAUGAUGGCCUUCAUCCUUAAGGCCCCGCCCAGGGCCCCAGUGAGCCUUCCCAUCGAGCAUCUUCUUUAUCUUGGUCGAACGUCUCCUUUCCACACAUUUGUUUGCAGAAUUAUUUUAUAAAGUCAACCGUGUUUUGUAACCUUGAAUUCUUUCUUAUAAUAUUUUAUUACAAAGAUUAUAUGACAUGCUAUAGGAAAUUUCAAAAAUAGAGAAAAGGAAAAUAACCGCCUUAAUGCAACAACUGCUCAUCAUAUUGUAUUUCAUGUCAGUCUUUCUCUGUGGAUAUUUUUAAGGCCAUUGUAACCUUGAAUUUGUGAGUGAAAAGUUGUUCUAAAAAAAUAGAAAUAAUGUAGGAUCAGAGUCUGAUCUUCUAUACUUAGAUUUAAAUGGAUUAAAAAAUCUCUGACGGAUCCAUAAUGAAUUUGUAAUGAUUAUUUUGUCUUUCCUCAUUGUCCUAGAACUUUGUUCUUCAAAAGAGUAUUUCUUUGAUCUUUUAAAAAAUCCAGUUCAUAAAGUAGAAGUAUUAGAGGAGUUACAGAUCUUCCAUAUUCAGGAUUUACUAUUAUUAAUAAGUUUUAUGGUGUCAUUUAGGUUUUAACCAGUUGGAUUCAUGUUCUCUGUUAAAUUGUAACUAAUCUAAAUUAGUUAAUAAUCAAAAUUGUUAAAUGGGAAUUCACUUUGUAAUACAAGAAAAGAAACAUGCCUAUCAGCCACUUUAGUUAAUAGUUUGCCCACACUGAUAACGGCUCUGAAAUUUGAGUAGCAUCUACAUUUUUUUUUUUUUCAAAUUGGUUUUCCUAAUUGUGGAUUGUGUUUCUAGAGAAAGGUACAAGGCCUGGGUAGUUCUUAAGAAUGUUCCUCGUCUGUUUCCAUCAGCUUUUGAGGGUAGGUUCAAGGUAGACUUCGAGUGUCCCACAUGAAGUGAGUUCUCUGGGUUAGUGGCGUGGCACCGGGAGUCAGGUUAUGUUCAUGGCCAUUCUCCUUCAGGAAACUUCCUGAUCACCUGCCUUACUUCACUUUAGAGUUGAAUAGAUAUUCUUAUGGACGUGUUGCAGAAAAUUCCAGUUUGGGCGCUCUUGCUAGGGAAUCUGAAGCCCAUCAUUUACUAAGGAAACUUCCACAGUGACAGUGACGAGGCAGUCUGGAAUAAUAUCCUUGAUUCUGAGUUUGGACCAGACUGGCCUUUGUGGUGAAAAGCAAAUGAUACUGGGCUCACUGCCCAUGACAUUUGUCGUUCUAAGAAAUGUUACUUUUGACUGCGAUUAACCAAAGAUGGGUAAGGGGCAUAUGCAAGGGUAGCAUUUGGUAGGACAAAAUCAGCCAUUGCUCUUUUUAGAGCUAAUAGUCUUUGAGAAUUGUUAUCCUGUUUGUCAACUUUGAAAUACAAAUGCUUGCCCUGGUAAGUAGCAAUGCACUGCUGGCAGUUUCUUCCAGCUGCACUUAUGUGCAGACCUGGCUUUAACUGAUGAAUCAACUGAUACAGAAAACUUACAGGAGCUGUGAUGGUGAGGCGGUUUAGCUUGCCAGGGUCACAGAAGGCCCAGGCCCCUGUGUGUAUAGCACAGAAGGAACUCUUCAGAAUUAUGCAUUCUGGAACUACUUACUUUUUAAAACUAAAAGACAUUUUUGCACUCAAAGAAAAUUUGCUUCUUCUCAGGAGAAAUAAAACUUGUAAAGAGCCCUUUAAAAGUAGGUAUAUCAGUUACCGGUGGUGGGGGGGCGGGCGGAGAAUAAAAUGUUAAAUAAAUAAAUAAAAUGUUUUUUAAAAGCUGAAUAAUAUUCCAUCGUAAAAAAUAAAUAAAUAAAAGUAGGUAGAUCAGUGGCAUGUUGGUGCCGACUAAAUAGUAAAGAUCCAUGACUUUUCCUCAGUACAUAUCCUUACUCAGAUGAUCCCAUGCGCAGAAUAUAACAUUUUUCUAGGAUUCUGUUAAAUUUUUCCCUAUGGCUGAAAUUAUUUAGACAAGGAUGGUUACAUCGGUAUGAAGAAAAAGUGGAUUUUCUGCUCCAGAUUGCCUAAACUAAGCCUGUCACAAGGUACGUAAUGUUAACAAUCCUAAAUUUACGUCAUUUCCGUGUUCAGCUGCUCUUUAAAAAUAUAUUUUCCUUCUUCUUGGGGAAAAAUACAAUGAUUUGGUGGGAUAAGUCUUAAAGUUGAUGGAUUUUUUUCCCUAUCAACUAAUCUAAUCUCAUACAUUAGGUAUUUAAUCCAAGAAAUUCUAAUUUUAGGUAUGCAAGUAGAAAGCAGAUGCCCAAUCUGAUGCUACUGUGUUUAUCCAAAACAUGUUAUUACACCACGACAAGGGGGAGCCCACACUGAGUAGGGGCAGUCGGAAGACCUGCGCCCACCCAAGUGUAGGUGACCACGCGGGCCUGCAGUCCUCGGAGUUCUGCUGUGUUCGCUACUCCAUUCUGGGGCUGGGCCAGGAUGUGAGAAGGAGCCAGAUUGUGUAGCUAUAGCUGGAGGGCAGAAUUUGGAGCUGGAGGCCAGAAGAAAGAACUGAUAUCUGUGUGCGGAUGUGUGCGUGCACAGAUGCCUAAGACCGCACAGUGAAGCUCUUAGCCUGAAAGACCACCCUCCACCCCCCCCGCCCCCGAAGACGGGAAUAGGAACAGGCUUCCCAAAGUUAGGUGGACAUGGGAUAUCUGUUGAGAUGUCAUAAGCUGGAAAAGAAAAUUCUGAGUUGACACUAAAACUAGUGCCCUACAUUAAAAUCAUUCAGCUUCUCGGUAUUAUUAGCAAUGUGGGCAAUCCUCAGAGGAAGACAAAAGCUAAUCAUUUCUUUCAUUAUUUCUAAAAAUUGUAAAAUUAAUAUUUCAUCAAGGUCAUGCCCCAGAAAGGCUUGGUAAAGAGCAUUCCUAGGAACUUUGUUCUCAUCGCCUAAUAAUUGAGGUUCCUUUAUAAGAAGCCCUUAAGUCACUUCUCCAGUCCAGGUGGCUUUUUGUGACACUCAAAAUUCAUUUUAUAGAAACAAGCGUCAUAAAGUUUUGGGGAAUGUACAUCAAAUGGAUUAAAUCUGAAUAUCGGGUGGCUCAGCAAAUCUGAAUUCUGCUCCGAAUGGUUGCCAGUUAAAAUAUUUAAUCAUGUCAUCAGCCUAUUGACGUUUCAGGUGCUAACCUUCUAGCACGCCUAGCAAAUUCAAACAGUGGUACCUGAAAACUUUAUUUUUUCUUUUAUUUUGCUAGAUUUCUUCCAGCUGGACAGUUGUGUGGCAUAGCUCUGAUCUGAUCUUUGCCUUAAAAGCCUUGCUUCUUUUCAAAAUGCACUUAACUUUGGAAACCAAAGUGUGCCGAGCUAUAUGGCACCGAGCUGGCCAGUAGGGGCCUGUGGUCGCUCAGGAGAAACGAGUUGAUGCUGCCGGUAUUUGCCGAGUGGCACCAAUAUGAUGAGCCGUAGUGGGUAGUACCCUCUGUGGGAUACGCCUGUGUGAGAUGCCUCUCAGCCGAGCUCUGGGAAGUGGGUGCCCUCUAGACAACACGUUCCUAAUAGUCUGGGGUCUCAGGAGAGGAAGAAAUGCUUUUGCUUUCGAUGUGGGCAUCUUAUUAAGCCUUUCUACAGGGAUAAGGAAGUGGGGAACAAAUGUGCUCAGUGAUAAUCAGUUUUGUACAAUAAGUAUACUUUGAUAGUACUGGCUUAGCUGUUUUUAGCUGAAAUCAUUAGCUUCUAUUUUUAGUAUAACAAUUACUGGCUAAAUUAGUCUACCGUAAGCCAUUAAGAGGGAUGUUGGAAUUAAAAACAUUUUUGGAAAAAAGCCUGCUUUGAGCCUUUGCUAUAAGCCCUUGGGCCGGAAUUGGGUCCUGUUCUGGUGUCUUGAUCACUGUCACACUGACGUCCCAGGCACACGCUCUGAGCAGCCCGCUCCUAAAGGGAGAACACACAGAUCAACUUCUGGUCACCUCUAUGGGUCGAAGCUUUGCUUUCUUGACGUAUUAAGAUAUAAUAGAUUUUACCCUGAGCAUUCACCAAGUAUUCAAGUAUUCAGUAUUUUUACUUUUUCCUUAUUGAAAAAAAUGUCUGUGUUUGGGACAGAAUAGGCUACACAAGGGUACAAGCUGAGGUGUGCUGGCUCGCGAGAGCCGAUGGUUAAAUUUUCGGGUUGUUCGACACAGCAAUCAUUCAAAAUUCUGUAACUUACCAUUAAAUUGUAUUCAAAACAAAAGUGAAGAUGAACUGCACCACUUCCCGAUUCUUUUACUAUAUGUUGUUAACUUUGUCCUGGAGGUUAUUAAUGUCAUUUGGACCAUAUGAUGAUGAGCUACUGUGCGGCUUUGCAGCUUCGUUCAGGGACAUUACAUCGAUGGCUUGAAAUUGGCUGCAGUAGGACUUUUUACACUGGAAAUCAGCAAAUUUAGGACUUGAUUGAUUGUUUUGUUGAUUAUCUAGACUUAAAGUGAUGGGGGAAAAAAAUGUUGAUCACGCAGAUUAGAAGUCGUGCCUGUAGCUGUUACACUGUGAAUAGCAUAAAAACUCGAGGAAAUUGUUCUUCCAUUAUGUGAAAACCAUUAUCUGAUGUAACUAGGUGAAGUUUCCACACACAAAAAUGUUGUUUCAUGUUUGUAGUACUCAUUAACGUAAACAAAAACGUCAACAUCGUGUCAGAACUACACUGGUUAAUCAGUUGUAACCAUAGGCUGGCUACAGAUAACCAGAGCUUGGUAAAAAUCAGCAAUAGCAUUCUUUGAGAACCAAUUGACUCCAUGGAAUUUAUAGUAAAGAGUAUUGUGUAUUUUAUUAAUAUCUGUGAAUUGUUUCCUAUAUCUCUUAUAUUGGUAAAAUUUAUAAUAAACAUAUACUCACA